AGACCAGUGCCAUGAGCUUUGCAAGAGUGGAAACUCCCACUUACAGAACAAGCCGUAGAAAAAUAAGCAAACGUAAACGAUUUGCUUAAAUCCGUCUUAAUAAAGAUUCACCAUCUUUGAAAAUGAGUCAUAUACUGUAAUAUAACUUCAGUUUUCUUGCGAACCAGGCAAUUUCACUUCCCAAAACAACUAUAAACAAGACAGAACUUGGAAUCCUUCUAAUUUAAGAGAACAAUGAGUCCCACCAAGACAAGCCAAGGUGUCCCUGACUUCUCAGCCCCAAACAGCCGGCAGAAACAAAGGAGUAUCAACCAAGGUUCCACUCCAAACACCUCUGAAGGCUUUGGGGUCUCAGCAGCACCAAUGCCUCAGUCAGGAGCUAGAGCAAAGACACACACAGACCAACGUUACGCUUCUAAGAAAAUACCUACUGUCAGAUAUCAUCCUGACAUAACAGAGAAAAGACCUGAAGGACACCAAGAAAGCAACACCCCUGAGAAGAACAUCCAGGUUAGGGGUAAGCCUGUGGUUUCUCCCCGCAGACCCACCCAGGUCAGAUAUCAUCCUGACAUCACAGGGAAAAGACCUGAAGGACACCAACAAAGCAACACCCCGGAGAAGGACAUCCAGGUUAGGGGUAAGCCUGUGGUUUCUCCCCAAAGACCCACCCAGGUUAGGGAGAGUUCCAUGGUCUCUCCUCCCAGACCGACCCAGGUUAAGGAGGGUUCCAUGGUCUCUCCUCCCAGACCGACCCAGGUUAAGGAGGGUUCCAUGGUCUCUCCUCCCAGACCGACCCAGGUUAAGGAGGGUUCCAUGGUCUCUCCUCCCAGACCGACCCAGGUUAAGGAGGGUUCCAUGGUCUCUCCUCCCAGACCGACCCAGGUUAAGGAGGGUUCCAUGGUCUCUCCUCCCAGACCGACCCAGGUUAAGGAGGGUUCCAUGGUCUCUCCUCCCAGACCGACCCAGGUUAAGCAGAGCACCGUGGCCUCUCCUCCCAGAUCCUCCCCGGCUAAGGAGAGCUCUGAAGUCUCUCUCCCCAGCCCAGGGGCCCUGACCCUGGGGUUCGGUCAGAAGAUAGACAAAGUUGUAGUUGAGGCAGUGGAGCUCCAGACCCGGGGUCAGAGAGAAAACCCCAACUGGUUUGCCUGGCGUCAAAACCGCAUCACGGCGUCGGUCGCUCACCGCCUCGCACACAGCCGCUUUGUUAACGGCAAUAGCCAGACCCCACCCAAAUCCUACCUGGAAGCCAUUACUGGCCGAGGCCCUAACAUUAGGACCCGGGCUAUGACCUGGGGCAUAGAGAACGAGGCGGAGGCCGUUCAGAGGUAUCAGGUCCUAAAGAGCAAGGCCUUGGGGCGGAUGUUGAGGGUGCAGGAGUGCGGCCUGUUCAUCGACCCCCAGCGCCCCUGGCUAGCAGGCAGUCCUGAUGGCAUUGUUGAGGACCCAAGGACUGGCGAGCGUUUGCUCUGCUUGGAGGUCAAGUGUCCCUACAAGCACCGCCUGAACACUGUAUCCCAGGCCUGUAGGGAGGAUCAAGCCUUCUGUCUGAUCACACAGGGUCAGGAGGAGGGGGGACAGGUGAAGUACCUUCUGAAGCCCGACCACAGCUACUACACCCAGAUCCAAUGCCAGCUGGCAGUGACAGGGUUAACCCAGGCUGACCUAGUGGUGUUUACCCUGAAGGAGACAGCAAUUGUCCCUGUGACCUUUGACCCUUGCUUCUGGAAUGACACAUUGGUGAAGUUGGAAAGGUUCUACACUGGCGCUGUCCUGCCCUACAUCAGAGACACUGGACUGGAUGCAGCGGCCAUGUUGCCUGAAGAGUAGCUGGAACCCUGAUUGGAUACUGUUAACAAAGUGGCUAGCUAGUUCGGGAUCCAAGGUGUAUAGUAAGAGGACAUGAGAUAUGCUUUAGUUGUGUCUGUGGGGCUUUUCACUACUGUAUUGAUCAGGGUGGGGAAAUUACAUUUUAUAUACACAAGCAAUGUAAAUGAACGAUGAUUUCUUUAAGACAAGUUAGAUAUCGGGCAACUGAUUUCAUGUGAACUGAGAUCCAACUGUGUGAACAUAGAACAGAACACAGACUAGUGGUGAAGGUGACUGUCUGCCUAGACACUGAACGAUUCAUUGUCUAAUGUUGAUGCUUUGUGCCAUUAAAACAACAAAAACUUAA